AUGGGUCUAUUAUCAGACCCUGAUGUUGGUUCAGCGAAGUGGGUGAGGGUGCUGAAGAGAGUGCACGGUCCUGUCUGCUUCCUAUGCUAUGUUGGUGCCCUGGUAUGGUUCGUCCUGCUAGGCCAUAGAGAUUUCAACAAUGAGACUUAUUUCUCUGAGAAUGCUUUACUUCCUGGCUUGGUGACCAACGAAUUUAAUGCAGAGCAGUCCGCCAGUCAAUAUUACAACGAAUUGCUGCUCGAAUUAGAGACGAAGUAUGAAGAGAUGGAUGUAAUGCCAGUGUCCUGGCUGGUGGGAAUGAUGUCACAUAUACAUUUGGAGGUCUACACCCACAACUUUACUCUUCACUACCCCUUGGGGAGAGGACAAGUGUUCAGAGGUACCAAUGUGUAUGGAAUACUGCGAGCUCCACGUACUUCAUCGCUCGAGGCUCUAGUGGUGUCCGUUCCAUACAGGAAUGUGGGAUCCCAUCAGAAGACCACUGCAGCUGGCAUAGCACUUAUGUUAGCUUUUGCCAAGUUUGCAAGGCCACAAAAAUAUUGGGCCAAAGACAUAAUUUUCCUAGUCACACAACAUGAUCAACUAGGAAUGCAGGCGUGGCUGGAAGCUUACCACGGUUUGCACAAUGAAAAUGAGCCAUUCCACGCAAGUCUUGGUAGUUUCUGGAAGCCUGGUACUCCUGCGUUUAAUAUGGAGAGUUUCUUCCCUAAUAUUCCAUUGAGACGGAAUCAUAAAAAGGCUUUGAAUCCGGGGACGUUGAAAGGAAGGUCUGGAUCCAUUCAGGCUGCUAUUCUUUUGGAAUUUAGCACUCCACAGAUAAGAUAUAUUGAGGUGAAAAUAGAAGGUUUAAAUGGUCAGCUGCCUAAUUUAGAUCUUGUGAACUUGGUUCAUAAGCUAUGUCAGAAGUCAGGGAUACAUCACUCUUUUGCAAAAAGUUACUCUUGGAUUCGCGGCCGCGACAGUAUGGACGAAUGGAAGAAUGGUUUCUGGACCAUGUUCGAGAUGGUGCUAGGCCAGAUUGACGGGGUGCCAGACGGCAACCACGGCCUCUUCCACCGCUUCGGCAUCGAGGCGGUGACGCUGGAAGGUCGAGACGAGUUAGACCCGGGCGGCAAAGUGCCCCGUGUGAACUCAUUGUCUUUCUGUAACUUCUACAAGCUGGGCAUAGCACUGGAAAGUAUUCUGCGCUCUUUGAACAACCUGCUGGAGAGGUUCCAUCAGAGUUACUUCUUCUAUAUCCUGGCUUCUACUCAUCGAUUUAUUUCUAUUGGUCAAUACAUGCCCUCACUAUGUCUGCUAUGCGUAGCUAUGCUCAUCAGAGCACUAUCACUAUGGGUGACUACCCUACAACAAGAUGGCGACUACAAUGACAAACAAACUAAGAAAGUAACUACAAAGUCAAGUAAACACAAGCUAGAGAAAGCUAAAGAUUCUGACUCGGAAGAACCAGGGGAGCAGGAAACGCAGGAGGUUAAGAAAGUUAAAACUCCUGAGAAAAAGAAAGCGACCAUCAAUAUGAGUGUUCUGAAUAUAGGCGUUAAUUAUCUCCUACUACAUCUUAUUGGGUACGGUGUAAUGAAUACACCGUUUAUUUUGUCUUAUUAUGGUUCACUCUACUACAACAAACCACCAGAAGUGUCGGUCUACUUCGGAAUAAUUAGCAUAGCAGUACUCCUAAUCUUUAUUACGCCGUUCCUCCCAUACAUGUUGCGCAAGGGCCCCAUAACUUACGAGGAGUUAUCUCUAGUCAACAUCCUAGUACUGACGGAGCUGUCCACUGUUUGUCUAAGUGUUGCUAUGCAGAACUUUUCACUCGGAUUCGCUAUUGCAGUUAUUUAUACGCCUUUGGCUUUGAUGACUAGUGUCUACGUCAAAGGAUCUGGGAAGGCACGGGCAUGUGUCCAACUCCUGAAGCGCGUGUGGUGCGUGUGUGUGCACCCGCUGGUGGUGGUGGUGGCCAGCAUGGUGGCGUACAGCCGCACGCUGGUGGCCGACGACACCUGGCUGGCCACGCUCGGACGGGGCUCCGACGCCGCCAUGCAGGCCAUCAUGUUCUCUGUUGCGGAUUCUAUGUUGUAUGGGAACUGGCUGUUCAACCUGACGACCUCAGUGAUCCUGCCGAUAUGGCUGAUAUUCUGGCAGAUCCUGAACAUAAAGGUCGAUGCUCCCUAG